AUGAAUUAAAUUUUUGUUCCUUUGGCAUUGCUUUUAUUCUAAUAAAUGUUAUCUAAUCCUAAGUUGGAUGUUAAAUCAAAUGUAAAUUUUAAAAUAUAAAUCUAACACUAAUUAAUUAAACCAUUCUCCACAAUUAAAAAUCUUAUAGAAAUCUUCUAUUGUAAGGCUGAAAUUGACAAAAUGAUUUUAUAAAUGUCUUACACUCAGCUUCUAAUUCUCUCGGAUGAAAUAAGCCAAUCAAUUCUCUCACAAGACAGAAGACAGAAUACAACGACUUGGGAUGGUUAAAUUAAAUCUUAUAAUAUUUAUUAAUUAAAGGGAAUCCAUGAUGGAAAUUAAAGCAUCAUAAAUUUUGGCUUUAUGUUAAAAAUGAAGGAUUAUAUUCAUUAAUUGUGCAUGGCAAGAUUAUUCAAUACCAUUCAUAUUCUGUUAUUAAAAAAUAAAAAUUAUUAUAUGUUCUGUCUUUGUGGUAUAAGAAAUGAAAAAAAUGAAUAGGAACGUGUAUAAAAUUCACAUGGAACUUCACUUUAAUCGAAUAUGAGAUUAGAGAAGUAUGGAAGUCUAAAUAGUUUGUUUAAUGCUUAAGACUCCAAUAGAGUCAGUCAAGAAUACACAGAUUUUUUAUGUGAGUACGAUAAGAAUUACUAAGAAAAGUCAUAAUUAUUUGAAGUUAAUGUAUAUUCACCUUGCUAAAAAUUGGAGGAAUCAAAAACUAAUUCUGAAGAAUCUGUGUUAAUGCACUAAGGAGAUGGAUUGUUAGUUAAAUUAAGCAAUGUUAAUUAAUAAUCGAUCGUUAAAUUGAAAGAUACGUUUACAGCGUUUAUUAUGAGGAUUCUCUAUGAUAUAAAAUUUUAUUUUGAAAUUACUCCUCAACAGGAAGUCAAGUUUGUGAAAUAGCUUGUGCCCAAUAUCAUAACUGAGUUGACUUAUAGGAGAAUCAAGAAUGAUAAACUAUUGAUUGUUCAUGAUCCGACUGGAAGCUUUUUGUUUAAACACCUUUCCUCUAGUCAGCAAGUAUAUUUCAUUGAAGAAACUCAAGUCUACAGGCCAAUCAUCGAUAAGGGAAUAGAUAUUUUGAAUUGUCAUAACAAGAUACACUUUGUAGCUAAUUCUGAUAUCAGAGUUAAAUAAGACACUGCCAUUGUGAAUUUGCUAUUCUUGCACGACGUUCCAAUAUUCAGUAUAAUUUAAGAGUACCUGACUUUGGCACACGAUCUAAUCUUAAUCCUGUCUCCCAAAUUAGAGUAUCAUGAAAUGAUAUCAUAGUUGAGACAGGGAAUCAAGAACAGUGAAUAAUCCCGUAUCUACUGCAGUGUGGAAAUACAAUCUGUCUAUGAAUCCAAUAAGAUAGUAGCUUUUAUUGUGUAUUAUGGGGAGAUUUCAUAAAUCAACCAAAAUCAAUAAUUGCAUUUCCUCUAUAAAUGCAUAUCCAAAGCGAUUCAGAAAACAUUUAAAUACAAGGUGUUCUUAAAAAAUCUAAGGACUCAAAUUGGAUUGAUGAAAUUAGUAGAUUUGUUUUCACUUUAUGGGUUAUUAUUUGAUAGUUCUGAUGUGAACUUUAAGAAGUUCUAUAAACAGGUGAAGAAAUAGUACUUCCCUAAAAUAAAAUCAGAGAAAUUCAUUUAAAUGGAUAGUAGCAAAUCAUCUACAGAAUCUGAAAGCGAAGGAAUUCAAGAAGUAGAAUCUGCAAAUUCACUUUUUACUGAAAUCAAAUCGUAUAGUAAAAGUGAAUCUAUCUCUAUGUCCAAAUAUGUUUAUGUUCACUUUCAUUCACAAAACAGUCAGAAAUCAACUCAAUAUGAAGAACAAAUCUAAUUCAGUCAAUGA